AUAAAGAAAAAAUUAAAUGCAUCGCGCUUUAUCCUAAAUUCUUCCCCAUUUCCCAACAUUCGGUCCAGUUUCAUUCUCCAGUAAUUAGGGAAAAACUAUAAAAAAAGAAGACAAUUUCUUUCUACUAUCAGUCCAGAUUCAUACGCUAGGGUUUUAAAGGUGAAGUUGCAGCAUACGAGACUCGAGCUUUGUAAAUUUGUAGCCUUUUGAAUAUGGGUUCAUCAUCGGGUUCCGUUCAUAAAACAGAGGAAGAAUGGCGGGCGAUUCUUUCCCCAGAACAGUUUCGGAUCCUACGUCAAAAAGGAACCGAGUUACGAGGAACUGGAGAGUACGACAAAGUUUUCCAGGAAGGUGUUUACAAUUGUGCCGGUUGUGGUACACCACUUUACAAGUCCACAACCAAAUUUAACUCCGGCUGCGGUUGGCCUGCAUUCUACGAGGGUUUCCCUGGAGCCAUAAACCGAACCCCUGAUCCUGAUGGGAGAAGAACCGAGAUUACUUGUGCAGCUUGUGGGGGACACUUGGGUCAUGUUUUUAAAGGGGAAGGAUUUUCGGUGCCGACUGAUGAACGCCACUGUGUCAACAGCGUUUCAAUCAAGUUUGUCCCAGCCGAUGCAACUUCUUCACUAUGAGGGGGAAAAAAGGGUUGUUUCAGCAUAAAGAACAAGCUGUAUGUGUAUGACUUUUAACAAACAAAAAAUAAGUAAAAGUACUAUGAAAGUCUUAAUAAUAGGAGUCAGAUUGCAUAGUCUUCUCCACUAAAAAAUGGGCAAAUUAGUCUCUUUAUAUUAGAUCACUGAGCAAAAUGGUUUUUUCUUUUAAAAAUUUCAUCCCUCUGUACUAUUAAAAGCUGGCGUGCUUAAUAGAAUAACUAGAUAGUGACACUUGCAUGUAUCUCUUGUUGAUGUGCAUGGAUUGGUUUUUAACAGUAAAAAUGGAUAAAAUUUUUAAUAAAAAGAUCAUUUUGUUAUUUGAGCUAAUACACAGGGACUAAUUUACUUAAAUUUUUAAUAUAGGGUCAAAAUGCAAUUCGGUUUCUAGGCCUCCAUUAUACUUUUACCAUAAAAAAUAAGAUAGCUGUGAAUAGUUGUGACUGUCAUUUGGUUAUUUGAGUCCUUUGUAUCAAUUCCCUAGUAAACUUUUGUGUGUUGAACUUGAGUAUUACUAUUUGACUUUGAAUUAAAUAAAUUAUUCACUAGAUAUUUAAAUC